CUAGCCGCUACCCAGCCGACGCUCGCCGCAUCGUAGCCCGGGGUGCGAACUCGCCCGACACAACUCUCGCAAAGUUUCCGCUCCAAGUUGGCCCCCGCUCGUCGGCAGAGCAGGAGGAGGAAGCGGACGCGGACGCGGCUUCUCGUUCCCGAUAUUUCUUCAUUUGUCCUCUGGAUUAUAAUUACUAUUGGAACCCUUGGCCUUGAAGGAUAUGACAGCACAUCAAAUGUUCAUCCAAAACAUUUUCCUGGUUGGAAGAGCAUAAGUUUCACGAAAGAUUAUCUGUCAAAUAACCAUGGGUUUUGCGAGCAAGAAAUCCACAAAAGGACCAGUUUGCUGGCGAAGACGGGUUAAGUCUGAAUAUAUGCGUCUGAGACAACUAAAGCGCUUUAGACGAGCUGAUGAAGUUAAGAGUAUGUUCAGUGCAAAUCGCCAGAAAAUCAAAGAAAAAACUGAAAUAUUGAACCAAGAUUGGAAUCAGCACCGGAUACAGCCUGUUCACAUUAUGACAGUGAGCACGAUGCGUGGUACCAGAGAGUGUACUGUGGAGAGUGGAUUUCCUGAGUUUCCAAAGCAGAUAAUCCCCCUGAAGACCUUGAAUGCAGUUGCCUCAAUCCCGGUUAUGUAUUCAUGGUCUCCUCUUCAGCAAAAUUUCAUGGUGGAGGAUGAAACUGUUUUACAUAACAUUCCUUACAUGGGUGAUGAAAUUUUGGAUCAGGAUGGGACCUUCAUAGAAGAACUCAUAAAAAAUUAUGAUGGAAAAGUGCAUGGAGACAGAGAAUGUGGUUUUAUCAAUGAUGAGAUCUUUGUAGAGCUGGUAAAUGCUCUGACACAGUACAGUGAUAAUGAAGAGGAGGAUGAAGACGAGGAGGAGGAUCAGGAGAAUAAAUCUGAGAAGACGGAUGGAAGUGAUAUCAAAGAAGAAACCAAUGAGUCCAGAAAAGAUUAUCAGGAGAUUAAUAUGGAUGUUAAAGAAUGUGAUGAAGGGAAAAAAAAACCCUGUGACAAGAUCUUUGAAGCAAUUUCAUCCAUGUUCCCAGAUAAAGGUACACCGGAGGAGCUGAAGGAAAAGUACAAAGAACUGACAGAGCAGCAGCUUCCGGGAGCACUUCCUCCAGAGUGCACACCAAAUAUUGAUGGGCCAAACGCGAAAUCAGUUCAACGUGAACAGAGCUUGCACUCUUUCCAUACUCUCUUCUGCAGACGUUGCUUCAAAUAUGAUUGUUUCCUGCAUCCUUUUCAUGCUACUCCUAAUACAUAUAAACGAAAAACUCCUGAGACCAGAGCAGAGACAGAACAAUGUGGACCAGAUUGUUGUUUGUUUCUGGAUGGAGCAAAAGAUUUUGCAGUGGCUUUAACAGUCGAGCGUAUAAAAACACCACCAAAACGUCCAGGUGGCCGUCGCAGAGGACGCCAUGCAAACGGCACAAGCCGACCCAGCACUCCAACAAUAAACACGUCUGAGGCUAAGGAUACAGAUAGUGACAGAGAGGCUGGGACAGAUACUGGUGGUGAGAUAAAUGACAAAGAUGAUGAGGACAAAAAGGAUGAUACCACAAGCUCUUCUGAGGCAAACUCCAGAUGUCAAACUCCUGUUAAGAUGAAGCUCACUUCUGAACUUUCUGAUGUGGAAUGGAGUGGAGCUGAAGCCUCGCUGUUCAGAGUUCUGCAUGGCACUUACUACAAUAACUUCUGUGCUAUAGCCAAGUUGUUAGGCACCAAAACAUGCGGACAGGUAUAUGAGUUUGCAGUGAAGGAAUCUAAUAUUAUUGCUCGUGUUCCUGCGGAAGAUGCUGAUACACCUCCCAGAAAAAAGAAGAGAAAGCAUCGGUUGUGGGCAGCACACUGUAGGAAAAUACAACUGAAAAAAGAUGGUUCAUCCAAUCAUGUUUACAACUACCAGCCUUGUGAUCACCCACGUCAGCCCUGUGACAGCUCUUGUCCUUGUGUCAUGGCUCAAAACUUCUGUGAAAAGUUCUGUCAGUGCAGCUCUGAAUGUCAGAACAGAUUCCCUGGCUGUCGAUGUAAGGCACAAUGUAACACCAAGCAAUGUCCUUGUUAUCUUGCUGUACGCGAGUGUGACCCUGACUUGUGUCAAACCUGUGGCGCUGCUGAUCAUUGGGAUAGUAAGAAUGUGUCCUGCAAAAACUGCAGCAUCCAGAGAGGAUCCAAAAAGCAUUUACUGUUGGCUCCAUCCGAUGUGGCUGGAUGGGGCAUCUUCAUCAAAGAGCCAGUACAGAAAAAUGAGUUCAUCUCUGAAUAUUGUGGAGAGAUUAUAUCCCAGGAUGAAGCUGAUCGCCGUGGCAAAGUUUAUGACAAAUAUAUGUGCAGCUUUCUCUUCAAUCUGAAUAAUGACUUUGUUGUUGAUGCAACACGCAAAGGUAACAAAAUACGUUUUGCGAACCAUUCUGUCAAUCCCAACUGUUAUGCCAAAGUAAUGAUGGUUAAUGGAGAUCAUCGAAUAGGCAUAUUUGCCAAAAGAGCAAUCCAGACUGGCGAGGAGUUAUUCUUCGACUAUAGGUACAGUCAAGCUGAUGCCCUGAAAUAUGUUGGUAUUGAAAGAGAAAUGGAAAUCCCCUGAAAUGAAACUGCCUCCAUUAAAAGUAUAGGCAGCUGAUUCUAUAUUUCAGGAUUUAUGUACUGUAUGCAGACAUUUGAAACGGCUCUGGUUGAUUCAAAAACUACUGUGACAAUAAUUUAUACUGUAAAAAAAAAAAAAAAAAGCUUUUUAUCUUUUCAAAAGCUGCCAGUUUUUAUAUGUGUACUUUUGCUAUACACCUGUAUGGUGAGCUGUUGGUGCAAUUAUAACAUCAAUUAAAACAGAUUUGAAUUUUAAUGUAAUUUGAAAUUUAUGAACUUAACUAUUCUUAAAUAAGGUCAAAAUAAAAUUAAUGGCUUACACGA